AUGGCGCCGCGCAGAUCUCAUCGAAAGUCACGCAACGGCUGCCCCGAGUGCAAGGGCCGUCGGCUCAAGUGUGACGAGCGAUAUCCAUGUACCAAUUGUGUCAAACAUGCAAUUCAUUGCAGUUAUGUUGCCCCCAACGAGCAGCAGGGGCCAUCUAAUGCAAGAUCAACGUCCAGCCAUUCUCCAGCCUCACGGACACUGUCCCGGGCUCCGUCGCAAAUACGCCCGCAACCUCAACCACCACAACCAGAGUCUUAUGCAACCACGCCCGCCGGCAAUUAUCCCUGGACCUUUGUCAAUUCCGACUUCAGACCCGAGAACCGCCUUGAUCUACUAGACAUCCUCGCUGGAUCUCCCCAAGACGCCCCAGUCCUUAACCAGGAAGACUGGGUGCGCGAUCUGGAACUACUCCACCAUUACUGCACGGUGACAUGCAACAGCCUCACUUUACGCGAAGACUCCCGCCAUGUCUGGCGAGUCGUCACCCCAAUCGAGGGCUACUCGAAUAAGUAUGUGAUGCACGGGGUCCUGGCCAUUGCAGCCUUGCACCGCGCAUACCUCUACCCGACCCAGAAGGAAAAGUACAUCAAGGCGUCUGCCUACCACCAAGCCAUGGGACUAAAAGAGUUCCGGGAGUUGAUAUCUUUGCCCAUCGAUCCAAGCAAUUGGCAGCCGGUCUUUUGUUUUGCGUCGAUGAUCACCCUGCAUGUCUUCGCCUUGCCCAUCCGGCUAGGCGUAGCCCGAUGGCCCGCCCCGAUCGCGAACAUGGUCGAAGUGUUUUCCGUUGUUCGAGGCUUCCAGAUUGUUAUGAAACCAUUCUUACCAUCUCUUUCCAAAAGCCAGCUCGCACCACUUGCCAACUGCAUUUGGCUGGAGAGCGAGAUGCUUAUUCCAAGUCCCUCGGCCCUGGAACAAUCUCUACUACCUUCAGACAUCUGGACUCAGAUUGCCCAACUCCACCAAUUCAUCGACGACUUCCCAUUCCCAGCUCUCCAUCCCCCGUCCCAGCCUCAGACUCCUAACGACUCUGACCCAUCGCAGCACACCCCCGACUAUCGCAGAGACUACAAAACCGCUCUCAAAUUCUUUGAGCAUUCCACUCGCCAGCUGGAACUCGCCGGUCCACAUGUGGAAACAGGAAUGGUUCUCCUCUGGGCAUACUCGCUCUCGAAACAGUUCCACGAGGACUUGAUAGCGCACCGACCUGCUGCGCUGAUUCUCCUGGCUCAUUUUUGCGUCUUGUUACAUGUGAUUGAUCAUUGCUGGUUUAUUAACGGGGCGGGACGCCAGUUGUUGGAAGAUAUUGAACGUCAUAUUCAUCCAGGGUUUCGGGAAUGGUUGGUCUGGCCGAAACGGUGGGUUUUUGAGAGAUGA